AUGAGUAACAACUCAGUUGACGGGAAAACAUUGAGGCCCUCUCAAACAGAGGCGCCUCCUUCGAGCCACGGUAGUACCACUGCUACAGCACAUGGAGAAGGUCGAGUGUCAUACCAAUCAUGGAGAGACCGAGAUAUUCCCUCCGCUGCUUCGCGGAGGCAGACAACCAACUCACUGGACGCCGGUGAUUAUUUCGUUGGUCCUCGCGACAUGGCCAAACAUUCCAAAUGGCCCUUCUUCCUCCGGAUGCACGGCUCCGUGCUUCCCAAGAUGAUUCUUCCCCUGAUCGUGGUAGCGAUCUGGUCGACGGCAAUCACUGUCAUCAGCGAAUACAAAUACGAGCUUAAAGUCAGCAAUCUGCUGCUCACUGUUCUUGGUUUCGUCGUGGGUCUUGCCAUCUCGUUCAGAACGUCCUCCGCAUACGAACGAUAUACCGAGGGUCGGAGGUAUUGGUCUCAGUUGCAGCUCGUGAGCCAGAACUUGGCCCGGACGAUAUGGAUUCACACGCACGAGCGACCUGGCGAUAUUGGCAAGCAAGAUCUUUUGAACAAGAUCUCUGCUUUGAAUUUGAUCGUGGCUUUCUCCCACUCUCUUGUCCACAGGCUUCGCUUCCAGCCCGGAAUUAACUAUCCUGAUCUUAAGGAGCGCGUCGAGUAUCUUGAGACUUUUGCCAGAGAAGCGGAGAGCGAGAUCCCCAAACCCCGCGAACACGGAAAAUUCAAGGCCGCCGGUGAAUACCUUGGCGUCUCCUUCGCCGAAUCCAACCCUCGCAAACUCAUCAAACAGGCAAAGCGACCCUUAGGAAACUUGCCAUUGGAGAUCCUCAACCAUCUUUCUGCCUACGUCGAAAGCACAAUUAGCAAUGAAACGAACUCCGUCGGUCUCUACCAGAACCAAGCUAUCACAUCCGUUGUCGCACUCAACGAAGUCCUCGUCGGCGUCGAUCGCGUACUCCAAACCCCGCUCCCAGUCGCCUACUCGAUCGCCAUCUCACAAAUCACCUGGGUCUACGUUAUGAUGCUGCCCUUCCAGCUUUGGGACGACCUCCGCUGGGUCACAAUCCCUGGUUGCAUCUUCGCCGCCUACAUCAUCAUCGGUAUCGCCGCUAUUGGCCGCGAAAUUGAGAACCCCUUCGGCAUGGACGUCAACGAUCUUCCCCUCGAGCAGUUCUGCCAGGAAGUGGAAAUGGACCUCGAUUUCCUCAUGAGCAACCCGCCGCCUCGCCCCGAGGAGUUCUUCAGUGACGAGUUGAACCGCCCAAUCUGGCCACUCAGCGAGAAGAGCUUUGGUAACUGGAUGACAAGGAGCAAGAAGGAUAUUCGCGAUGCGUUGAUGACGAAGACGCGGAGCACGAUGAGGAUGCGCAAGAGUUUUGCGGUCCCCAGGAGUGAAGAAGACGAGAAGUUGCAUGCGAAUCUGCACCAUCAUCAGGAGGCUUGA